AUGCAGCUCUCCUGGAAAGAUAUCCCUACGGUCGCGCCGGCCAACGACCUCCUUGACAUCGUGCUCAACAGGACGCAGAGGAAGACGCCUACUGUGAUCAGACCAGGCUUCGCGAUCACCAGAAUCCGUGCUUUCUAUAUGCGUAAGGUCAAGUUCACUGCCGAGGGUUUUGAAGAAAAGUUUGAGGAUAUACUAAAAGGAUUCCCAAACAUCAACGAUGUGCAUCCAUUCCACAGAGACCUGAUGGAUACGCUGUACGAAAAGAACCAUUACAAAGUGUCGCUAGCCGCAGUGUCGCGUGCCAAGACUCUGAUCGAGCAAGUCUCGCGUGAUUACGUACGUUUGCUGAAGUUUGGCCAGUCGCUGUUCCAGUGUAAGCAGCUGAAGAGAGCCGCUUUGGGUAGAAUGGCGACUAUCGUCAAAAAGCUGAAGGAUCCUUUGGUUUACCUGGAGCAGGUGCGUCAGCAUUUGGGCAGAUUGCCAUCAAUUGACCCCAACACCAGAACGUUGCUGAUUUGUGGCUAUCCUAACGUGGGUAAGUCCUCAUUCCUGCGUUGCAUCACCAAGGCAGAUGUUGAGGUUCAGCCAUAUGCCUUUACCACGAAGUCCUUGUACGUGGGUCACUUUGACUACAAGUACUUGAGAUUCCAGGCCAUUGAUACACCAGGUAUCUUGGAUAGGCCCACUGAAGAAAUGAACAACAUUGAAAUGCAGUCUAUUUACGCCAUUGCGCAUUUGCGUUCAUGUGUUCUGUACUUUAUGGAUCUUUCUGAGCAGUGUGGCUUCACUAUCGAGGCUCAGGCCAAAUUAUUCCAUUCCAUCAAGCCUUUGUUCGCCAACAAGUCUGUCAUGGUUGUGAUCAACAAGACCGAUAUUAUCAGACCUGAAGAUUUGGAUGAGGAGCGCGCCGCCUUGUUGAAGGGCAUCGCUGAUAUGCCAGGCGUUGAGAUAAUGCCUACUUCAUGUGUUGAGGAAGACAAUGUUAUGGAAGUCAGAAACAAAGCGUGUGAAAAGCUUUUGGCCUCUAGAAUCGAGAACAAGCUCAAAUCUACUGCCAGAGUUAACAACGUACUGAACAAGAUCCACGUUGCUAAGCCCCAAGCUAGAGAUGACGGUGUCGACAGAUCUCCAUACAUUCCAGAUGCCAUCAAGAACAUGAAGAAGUUCGACCAGGAUGAUCCAAACAGAAUGAAAUUGGCAAGAGAGGUCGAGGCCGAGAAUGGUGGUGCGGGUGUUUUCAACAUCAACUUGAAAGACAAGUACUUGCUUGAAGACGACGAGUGGAAGAACGAUGUUAUGCCAGAGAUCUUGGACGGUAAGAACGUCUAUGAUUUCAUGGACCCUGAAAUCGCCGCUAAACUGCAAGCUUUGGAGGAAGAGGAGGAGAAACUCGAAGCUGAGGGUUUCUACAACUCGGAUGAAGAAGAAGAGGCUUAUGAGGGGUUCGCGGCUGACGAGGUUGCCGACAUUAAGGAGAAAGCUGCUUGGAUCAGAGACAGGCAAAAGAAGAUGAUUGUUGCCGCUAGAAACCGUAAAGCUCUCAAGAACCGUGCUGUUAUGCCUCGUUCGAAGCUCACGAAGUCCUUCGGCGAGAUGGAGAAGCACAUGUCAUCAUUGGGUCACGACAUGUCAUCUCUGCAAGACAAACAGAAAUCUGCUGCUCAAAGGAAUAAAUACGUCGAAAGCGGUGCUGAUGUCGUCUUCGGAGGCGCUGACACUACAAACACUUCUUCUAACGGUGGAAAGUUAAGACAAUCUGAUAGACUGCUGGAUGGUGUUGCUGAUGGAACUAUGAGAUCGAAGGCCGACAGGUUGGCCAAGAUCCAAAGAAGAGAAAGAAACAGAGAAGCGAGAGCCGGUGAAGCCGACAGACACUCUACCGCAGCUCUGGCUAAGCACCUGUUUAGCGGUAAGCGUGGUAUCGGUAAGACUGAUUUCCGUUAA